CUAGAGAGAAAUUGAAAAAUGCUUCCUUCACAUAAAUGGAGGAAAAUAACAAGCCAGGAACGAAAUAGUGAUGGAUUGGUUGUGAAGAAAUUUUUACAUGUGAAGUGUCGAAGUACUUAGUUAUGCAAAAAGUUUUAAGUGCUGUGCUUCCUACAUUUUAUUUACUUAUUUUAUUUUGCUUAAUGUCGCAUCUCUCACGUCUCACCCUCAGUGGCUGAUGUAAGUAAAUAUAUUUUGUGAACAAAAACAUAUAAUCAGGCAGCAAUGAAAAAUCUGAAUGAAAUGUUAGUCCACAUUAGUCGCUAGCUCAGCCAGUGAGAUCAUUGCUAGGUGUUUUCUUUUUCGAGUUAGGAAGAUGAUUCGAGUUUAAAACAACUUGUAGGAACUGCAAGAUUCAUCUAACUAAAAUGAAAGAUAUACCUUAACUAGCUGAAGGCAUUUUAGUUCUCACUAGCAAAAGCAAAACACAGUAGAUUACAUGUGUCUCAAUACUCACCGUUGCCUUUCCUGUUUGCUGUAUGAUUUUAUCAUGUGUAUUUUGCCCGUUUGCUAAGGUAGGUGUAGGUGGGUAUGAAUGACAAGAUAGAUAUGAACGUGGUGUAGGUGAACUGUGUAAUUUCAACCCUACAUGAUACACGUUAAGUAAACAAUUUCAGAAUCCUUCUCUCCAUUUUUAGCUGUUGUUUGCUGAAGUUAAAGAGAUGCUGUAGUCUGUAGACUUCGAUGAAGUAACAAUAGAUGGACCUUGUUUGUCACCCCAGUUCCUGGUUUGUCUUGAUAAGAAAGAUUAUCAACCUAACGAUUCUAUUGAGGCGGAUGUGUUUGGGAGGUUUGCCAAUUUGAUUAUACAGCCGUAUGUUAUUAAUUAAGAAAGGGUUGUUUAUGUU